AUUUACUAUUCUUUCCAUGUUUGAUUUCAAUGUUUUUAUUCUACCUCUGUCUUUUUUAUCCUAUCAUGUUUUCCUUCUUGUCUAUAUUUGGUCUGGAAAUUUAUGAGAUUGAAGAUCUGAUAUUCUUUUGAUUAACUUCUUUGUAAAAUAUAAAUUUGUAAUGUGAAAAUAAAAUAAAAAAAUAUUUAUAAAAUAUCAAAACAUAAAAAUAUGUAUAUAUAAUGAUUAUGAAUUAUAUAUAUAUAUAUAUAUAUAUAAAAUAUGUAACGAUUAAUAUGUCAGAUCAAACAUCGACGUCAUUGAAAAAUAUAUAUAUAUAUAUAUAUAUAUUCUUAUUUACUUACAUAUUUCGAUAUCUUCUCAUUUUAUAAUUUAUCAACUAUAGAAUAACAAUAUUGUAUUUCAACUUUCACAUUGUUCGAUAAUGUUGAAACAAUGAGAGCGUGAAACAGGAACGGUUUUCGGAUAGAUUAGUUUGAAUUGAAACUUGAUCGAUGAUACAUUAGCUUUUACUCUUUAUAAUCAUUUCCGAUAAAUUUUAAUAUGUUUAAAUUUUUUUAUUUAUAUUUUCACAUAAUUAUUCUCGUUAUUACAAGUGUUUCGAAAAAGGAAUAUAAACUUCCUUCAGAUGUAGUCGAAAAAUUAUGGAGAAAGUCAACCGAUGAAAAUUACGGAGGAAAUGCAAUGAAGAAGCAACUAUUCCAAGAUAUUUUUAUAGAAGAUCAAAAAGAUGAUAAAUUACAAUUUGGCUACGUUUGCGAAAAUCCAAUUCAAUGGGAACAAAGGUUCGAAGAAAAAGAUCUUUCGAAUAAUCGUCAUCGUGGAAAGAAAAAAAAAAUUAAAUUUGUAUAUAGGUUAAAUGGGGCGAUAAGGAUGGUAACUACGGCGAACAUUAUUGGGACAUAAAUCAUAAAUAAAUGUUGAAUAAUGAUAAUUGAAAUGGAAAAUAAAAAAAUAUUAUAAAAAGAAAUAUUAUUAUGAUAUGCAAAUAGUCAAUAUAUGUAAUGGGACUCUAUGUAAUGUCAAUCUAUGUAAUCAAUAUGUGAAAUCGACUGUAUACUUAUUUAUUUAAUAUAAUGUAGCAAUGACCAAAAUGUAAAAUGUUACGAUGAUGUAAAAUAGAUUAAUAUUUACGAAAUCGAUCAUUUGGAGAGAGGAUUCGAGAAAAAGUAUUUGGUAUAUUCACAUGUAGGACAACCUUUAUUAUUCAAUACAAUACUAAUUAUAACAUAAUACUACGCAUUAUUACAAUAUUAAUAUUAUUAUAUUGGUUGUAAUCCGAGUUUUUAAUGGUGUUUUUUGCGGCAUGGGUGCGUGCGUGCCGUUGCGUGCAUGCAUGUACGCGCGCGCACUUGUGAUAGUUCGUGUACAAAUAAAUAAAUAAAUACAUAUCUGUGUAUGUAUGUAUAUGUAUACAUAUACAUAUAUACAUAUAUAUAUAUAUAUAUAUUUAUUUAUUUAUUUAUUUAUAAUAUCCUACACGUAGUGCAUUACAUGUACACGUAUAUAUGUGUAUAUAUGUAUACGUAUAUGAUAUUUAUUAUACCUUUGUAUUAUUACGCAGUACGUGAAUUUAUUUUAUCUUUUAUAUCUUAUAAACUUAAUUCGAAUAGAUAUAGUGUAUAUAGAUAUAUAUAUAGAUAUAGAUAUAUAUAUAUUUAUAUAUCAUCAGGAUGGUAUAAAUAAUAUUGUAUUUCAUAAAAGCACUUUUUGUUGCUUAUAAUAUUAUCGUUUUCUUUCUUUAAAUUAUCGCAUCGCUUUUUUCUUCCACAAACAUAUGUAUUUUCCCUAAUGUUUUUCUUUCACUCUAUCCUUUCUUGUUAUAUCAUCGCGACAUCCACGAAGAAGUACAUAUACUUAUUUAUAUUUCUUAAAAAAGUGUUUAUGUUUUUUUAUUUUUUUUAUUUCUUUUUUAUUUAUUUUUUUAUUUUUUUUUUUGGCUUUCUUACUAGCUUCGGAAGGAAAACUUAAGACACAUUACCAACUACUUAUAGAUAUAUCGAGAAUUUGAAACAUUAAAUAUUGUUUCGCGUUGUGUAUGAUCGCUUUUCGAUCGAUCGAUCGAUCGCUAGAUCCAUCUCUCCUCCAAUCACGGUGAUUGAAAUUCCUUUCGUGCUUCACUAAUUUUAGCCAUUGAUUUCUUUUCGUUUUUCUUUCGUUCGUUCAUUCUUUCGUUCGUUCGUUCGUUUGUUCGUUCGUUCGUUCGUUCGUUCAUUCGUUCGUUCAUUCGCACUCGCUCCCUCAUAUCGCACGCAUAUAAUAGCAAGUACUUAUAUACAGUUAUAGACGUGCUCGAGUGCGCGAAAGUUGAGCGCUAUGCAAGUGUGGUACUUUGGAAGACUAUCAUAUAACUCACAAUAUUCUUCUAAUCUAUGACCAUUUCUUUCUAUUGCAUUUUAUUUAUAAUGUUAUAUUGAUCACAUGCCAAAUUUAUCUAUUACUCAUGAAGCCCUCCCCUCCUCUCUUAAAAAAACAAGAGAGAUAGAUCCACAAGAUAGGUGAAAAAGAAGAUAAAAUGAAUUGUAUACGAUUUAUCGCAGAAUAUAAUCGUGCAAUAGAAAAAGUGAUCAAGAAAAGUUUAGAAGAAAAUUGUUUGCUACGUAUGACAUCCUUCCAGGACACCGGCAUAAUAAUCGAGUAUAGAGUGUCCUACAAGGUAUGGCAUAUGCGGCAAAUAAAAGGUAGAUAUAGAUACGGGAAAAUGAAACGAAAAAUAUCUCUAAUUCUAAUAAUUGAAUAUUUGCUUGAUCCAAUAAUUGUUUUUCAUUUUUAAAUUCCUAUUUUUAUUUUUUUCCGUUCAAAUAACUCGGCAGAGAACAUACAAUUCACAGUUUCUCCCCUUCCCUCUCCUCCCUCUUCUUCUUUUUCUUCCAUCGUUUAAUUGUUGUAUCGUUCUUAAAAAAUAUCCGAUAUUUAUCCGAUAUUAAUAUUUUACAAACUUUAAACCAUAAUGUCCAGUCACAUCGAAUAUCCAUUAUGCGUUUAUACAAGUUAUGCUCAUAUUUUAUAUCCUUGGUAGAUAUCAAACAUUUUAAUUCUCAGAAAUAUCAUACCAUAUGAAACACAUUUAUGCUUUCAAUCUAUCAGCUUCGAUAAAUAUCCUCGUACAUAUAUGUACUCUUGCGAUCAUUUUCUUCAUUUUUCUUUCCUUUUUUUUUAUUUAUUUAUUUAUUUAUUUUUGUAUUUCUUUUUUGUUUGUUUGGCUGGUCCACUAACAUUCCUAGAAAAAAUACUCUCUGCAGUCCUCUAUGUUAUAAACUAAGAUUUUUUUUUUUGUUCCUCUAUUUUUCGUUUGAUUUCCCAUCAUCUGUCUAACUUUCCGUUCGUCAAAUUAUUUUUUUUACUCUCUCCUUGAUCGUUCGAUAUUUUCUCCUUCGUUUACGAACAUGUUCGCUUCUUUUCGCAUCUUUAUUCUAUAGAAAACCUUAUAGGUUCGCGUAAACAAUUAGCAAUAUUUUCGAACGAAUGUAAUUGCGAAUUUGAUCGCCAAGUUCCAUAGGAUCGGUCGCGUACGCAUUAUCUAUCUCUUGCUACACGCAUACGUAGCAUAUCGUAUGCAUAUCGGUCAGUCGCGAUUUAAUCGUAAUCGAGAUAGUACACGGUAAAGAUAAUUAAUCAAAUCUACUAUCGUGUGGUCAUUCGUGAUUUGUUUCUCGAGAAAGCGAAGGAAGAAAAGUUAUGAUUGAUGUUUGGUUUCGUUUUACCGAUAAGAUUAAAAAUUAUCUAGUAUCACAAAUAUCAUUAUAGAUCGCGAAAAUGCCCGUAGAUAAACAAAUCGAGUCGAUUGGAAGGAAAAAAUUUGAUUCAUCGAAUUAACGAUGUUAUUUACGUACAUUUGUGCGCAUAUAUCCGUGAUCGGAUGAAAAUAUGAUUAAAAACGUAAUUUCGCGACAUAUCCGUUCUUUUUUUUUUU